UUUAAUUUAUUAAAAAGUUAUCAUACCGUCUCUCAACUCUCAACGCAGCCGCCUGUCCCCUACCCUCCACCCACUCCGCCCCGUCUACUAUCCGUGAGCCAAUCUGACAUUCGUCCGCCGCUCCCGCUGGUACAGCCGCUCGCCUCCCCUCCCGCUGGUCGGCCCUCUGCUCUUUACGCUGUUAAAUCACUGCUGCGUCCGCUGGUCCACUCACGUUGCUGCUGCUCCUCGCUAAUCUAGUCUACGUCCUCAGUAACUGCAGCCCAUUGCUCCUCCCUUUGAGAGUUUCUUAUAUAUUUGUGCGACUGCUGGACAACCUUGAGUCCUCAUCUACUCUGCCAGACGUUUAAGCUUUCUGGUCUGAGUAGGUAUCUGUGCUCUAGAGAUUAAAGCUAGAAAUGCCUUCAAAGUCGAAGAAGAAUCCAAAGACAGCUUCAAGGCUUUCAAAUUUGGAUCAAUCUCCAUCUCCUCGAACACCAUCUUUGAUUUCUUCUACUGAUUUUGAAAUUAGCGAGCAGAAACUUAUCCAAUCUUUAGAAGAAGCAUCAAGCAGAUUUCCUUCCAUGAUUGGGAAAUCUGCUUUCAUUCGUCGAGUCGCUGAUGUUGUGCCCGAAUUAAGAGGAUGUAAAAUUUGGCUUUCAGAGUCUUCCAUGCUUGCUUCUUCCCUUUCCCCUGGUUCCAUUGUAUCGGUUUCUCUUGCUGCUUCAGAGAGAUGUGUUACAAAUGACCUUCCUCUCAGCUCAACAUCAGAUGAAUGUUCUAGGCAGUUUGAGUUCGAAUCUGUGGAUGAAACAGCUAACGACAUAGGAAACUACUUUGCUUUUGCUAGGGUUUUUCCUUCUAGUAAGGCUUUUAUUGAUGGAGUGCGGUUGUCUUCAAACCUUUAUUACACAAUGGGAUGUCCUGACUCAGGAAGGAUUGUAUUUAUUUACCCUAUACCAAAUCAAUUUCUAACUGGUCUGGCAAACGGGCAUAGUGUUGUACAAGAUAGAAAAGUAGAUGGUCUCACAGUUCAUAACUGCGAUGAAUUGCACUUGGAGCUGGUUCCUAUUAAGAAGAGAGCAAAACUGAACAGUGAUGUGAUUUCCAUAAUGAAUACAGUAGAAAAAACACAUGAACAUUCUGAAAAUGGGAAGAUUUCAUCCCCUGGGACACCUUUAUAUCGGCCAAACCUAAUCUCUACUAGUCCUAGUCAGUUAGCUUCAUCAAGAUGUGAAGAAGCAACAUCUAAUUUAUCCAGUCUAAAAACUACAUGUGCUAAUUCAUUCGAUAUCAAAGAGAUCUUAAAAGAUGAACGUUGCAAACAACUUCUGCAAGCUUGUGUUACUUCAUGGUUAUAUUCUCGUAUUUUAGUAUGUGGAAAUCUAGUGGCUAUCCCCAUACUAUCUGAGUUUUGCAUUUUCCGGGUCACAAGUUUGAAUAAAAUGCAGGGAGAAUGUACAAAUCAACAUAUGAUGGAAGAAAGAAGUCAUAGUAUGUAUCCUCAAUCUCAUGAAUCAGUAGUAAACAUGGAAGAUGCUUUUUCUAUAAAACAUGAAACAAAAGUAUAUUUACAUCUACCAAUAAAUUUGGCAACUGAAACUCCCCAGAAGAGCGACUUUUCAUUUGAGAAAAUUAAGCGUGAGGGUUUGAAAAACAUUUCAAAACAUGAUAUAUCAAAAUUAGGCGGUCUACAUAGAGAAUAUGCAGUUUUGAAGGACAUAAUUAUGUCAUCCAUGAAGAACUCUUUGUCAAGUCUUGGUUUACGACCAACAAAGGGAGUGCUUCUUCACGGCCCACCUGGCACAGGGAAGACCUCUUUGGCUCGAUUAUGUGCUCUUGAUGCUGGUGUCAACCUCUUCUCUGUGAGUGGACCUGAGAUGAUAAGUCAAUAUCAUGGAGAAAGUGAGCAAGCAAUUAAUGAAGUUUUUGAUUCAGCCAGUCGAGAUGCACCUGCUGUGGUUUUUAUUGAUGAGUUGGAUGCUAUUGCUCCUUCACGAAAAGAUGGAGGUGAAGAACUUUCUCAAAGAAUGGUAGCUACCUUGUUAAAUUUGAUGGAUGGGAUUAGUAGGACUGAUGGACUUCUUGUAAUUGCUGCUACAAACAGGCCUGACAGUAUUGAGCCUGCACUGAGACGGCCUGGAAGACUUGACAAAGAAAUUGAGAUAGGUGUUCCAUCUCCUAAGCAACGACUGGAUAUACUGAACACUCUUCUCAGUCAGAUGGAGCAUUCUCUUUCAGAAAUUGAGAUUCAAAACCUUGCUGUGGCUACACAUGGCUUUGUGGGCGCUGAUUUAGCUUCCCUCUGCAAUGAGGCAGCAUUGGUUUGUCUUAGACGUUACGCCAAGUCCAAAAAGUAUUAUGAUAAUUUGCAUUCUAAGGAGUUAUCCUUUGCAUAUGAAUCUCAGUGUGACAGUGUGAUAACAGAAGCUAGUUGCCUGGGUGAGAUGCAAGACAUUUGUACGGAUUCUGCAUCUUCAGGUCGUUUAGCUUUGCCUGUUUGCUUGGAGAGUUUAGAAUCAUCUUGCUCCAGUGGGACAGUUCCUGAAAUUUCAGAUAGCAAUGAGAAUGACAGUGGUUCUAGUUCUGAGGCAAUUGUAGUGGAAAAAGAAAAAAAUUUAGAAGUCACUCUUGAAGAUUUUGAGAAGGCCAGGAUGAAAGUGAGACCUAGUGCCAUGCGAGAGGUAAUACUUGAGGUUCCAAAAGUUAAUUGGGAAGAUGUAGGUGGUCAGAGGGAGGUAAAAGCUCAACUAAUGGAAGCAGUGGAAUGGCCUCAAAGACAUCAGGAUGCAUUCCUCCGCAUUGGUACUCGUCCCCCAACUGGGGUUUUAAUGUUUGGUCCUCCUGGUUGUAGCAAAACUCUCAUGGCUCGUGCAGUAGCUUCUGAAGCUGGACUAAAUUUCUUUGCAGUGAAGGGUCCGGAACUUUUUAGCAAAUGGGUUGGUGAAUCAGAGAAAGCUGUAAGGUCCCUCUUUGCUAAGGCCAGAGCUAAUGCCCCAUCAAUCAUAUUUUUUGAUGAAAUUGAUGGUCUUGCUGUUAUACGUGGGAAGGACAAUGAUGGAGUUUCAGUUUCUGAUAGAGUUAUGACUCAACUUCUUGUUGAAAUGGAUGGUUUGCAUCAAAGAGUUAAUGUUACUGUUAUUGCCGCUACAAAUCGUCCUGACAAGAUUGAUCUGGCCCUUUUGAGACCAGGACGCUUUGAUCGGCUGCUGUAUGUGGGACCUCCUAAUGGGACUGAUAGGGAAGAAAUAUUCCGCAUCCAUUUGCAUAAGAUUCCAUGUAGUUCAGAUGUCAGCAUAAAAGAGCUAGCUCAUCUUACUGAGGGCUGUACUGGGGCUGAUAUUUCAUUUAUCUGCCGUGAAGCAGCUAUCACAGCCAUUGAGGAGUGCAUUGAUGCUUCUGAAGUAACAAUGCAGCAUUUAAAGGCUGCAAUUAGACAAGUUCAGCCAUCAAAGAUUCAGUCUUAUCAGGACCUAUCAGCUAAAUUUCAAAGGCUGGUUCACUCUAAUCACAGACAUGAUGAAUUGCAGAUGCAAGAUAGCUCAACUGGAUCAAACUCGUCUCCCAUCUGGACCCUGAUAAAAUCGGCCAUGCAGUUCUUAUAUCACUUAAUGGCUCCAGGUUCAAAAUCUUCAAGUCAUGCUGCAAGCUAACACCAUUUCCCUUUCCCAAGUAUCAGUAGACAUGUACUUAAUUCCAGUGGAGUGGGGACUACCAAUUGCCCACCAUGAAGUGUUCUUCUGGUGGUUGAGCUCCAGAAUUCACAUGGCCCUACUAUAGUGGUGAAUAUCAUCAAUGCUUAAACAUAGCAUAUUUAUGAGAAAAAUAUAGCUACAAAUUUUUUAUGAGGUGGGGAUGAUGCAAAUAGAACUUCUUUAUGGAAACAAAACUAGUUUAGGAUUGAGGUUUUGUUGUUGUGUAGUGUGGGUUUUUGUCAAUUUGAGUGUGGGUUGUUCAUAAAAAGACUGAUUGAUCAUAACUAGUUUCGGAUUAGGGUUUAGUUGUGUAUCUUGGGUUUUUGUCAACUUGAGUGUAAGUUGUGCAUGAAAAGAUUUGAGUGAUCCUCAAAGUUCAGAUCUGAGUGUGCCAUAGCCAUACAAGACAAUUGCUGGUCCCAUAAUUCUGGUUUCAGUGUGAAUAGAACAGCUAGUACGGGCCUUUGAUGAUAUUAGAUGGUCCACAUUUAGUUUUCGCUAUGAUGAGUUCAUUUGAAAUUUCAGUUUACCAUGUUGAUUUUGACAGUUUCUGGAAAAUCUGGUGUUUGCCUCUAAGAGAUAUGAGAAUGGAUUUAUCUGGGAAAUGCCUAUUCUCUAAAUUCCUGGUUCA